GUUACUCUUCCUCACUCCCUCUCUGAAGUUGCCCAUGAUUUCUGUUUGAUUAGGUUUAGUUUUCUCGGGGAUAAUGUCAGAGAGCUGCAGACAAGCACACGUUCAAACCUUAGAGGAGCUUUGAUAGACUUAGACAUCAGUUUUUCUUGAGUUGCAGAUGUGCACCUUCGCACAUAUGGGCUGACAUUUAAAGUGGCUGAAUCCUGAAAUGGUCCUCUCCAUAAAUCUGUGGGAAUAAGACCUUUUAGAACUUUUUUCUUUUUUUGGAAACCUGCAGGGAAUUGGAAAAUGUUGCACGAAUGACUUUUCUGGCACCUCAAAGAUAAACUGCUUUAUGUAAAAACAAAAAAAAAAAAAAGGUAAGGAGGACUGGAACAUCAACACAAUCAUCUCACAGAGCCUCAGCAACCUGGACAAGUUCUUAGUAAAGGAAUAUUGAAGGAGAAACCAUGAAAGAAAACUGUGGUGGAUACGAGAACGAGCUUUUCAAAGAAGAGGAUCUCAAUGGAGAGGAGGAGGAAAUGCCUACAUUCAGAGGUCGUACCAGAGGUGGCUGUGUGAAAUGCCAGCAGAGCCACUCUCUGCAGCUGGCUGUCAGGGUCCUCUAUGGAUUUGUUGCAUUCCUCGUCAUUAUUGUGGCAGUGCUGGCAUCACUUGUGUUCAGGAAGGUUGACAACCUGGUAAUGGAGGAGUCCGUCUACUACAAGAAGAUCACCAGGAUUCAACAAGGAAUAGAUGAUCUGAGCUCCACCUCUAAUUGUUCAGGCUGUCUUGAUGUGGCUCUGUGCAACGAGGAGCUCAGCAGGCUGAAGAGAGAGUUUGAAGACAUCCAGAAAAUGAUACUGGGCCAAGAGCAGGUCCUGGACCAGGCCUCCCAAAUCCAGACCACUCUAAGGGAUACCAGCAACCGCCUGACACGUGACAUACAAAACCACCUCAUUUCGAUCAAACUUCUCAACCAGUCACUGGAACAAUACCUGAAUCAGGUCGAGGGCUGGGAGGAUGUAAUCAAGGAAACUGUGGAGAAGAUGAAAACUGUGACGCAGGAUCAGUAUGACAUCAAAGUUACAGCACAGCAAGUUAACACAACGGUGGCACUGAGUACAAUGUGGAUAGAUGCCCUGCAGAGGAAAGCAGAGGAGGAGAGUCUGGUCCUCCAGAGGCUGACCAGCGACUGGCAAAAUUACAGCCGUGUUCUGACUGCCAUCAAAUUCAACUCAAGCAGCAUCACACAAACCAUGCGCUCCCUCCAAAACAACAUCGCAGCAGAUCACCAGAGAAUCAGCAUAUUCUACGAGAUGUACUAUGACCUGACUCAUCAGGUGAUGAACCUGCAGAUGCAGCUUGACAAUGUGACUUCUUUCAUGGAUGAACACGAGGAGAACAUGCAUGACCUUCGCUACCAUUCCAAGUACUAUGAGAACAGGACAGGUGAGCGUUUCUUUGCUUUGGAUGGUCGUCUCAACUCUAUCAAAAUGGAGAUCGACACAGUCUCCUUCAGCAUCAAUGCCACCGUCAGCCACGUCCAGAGCAUGUACAAGUACAUCAACAUCGAGAGCUCAUCCUGUCAGAGUCGCCUGAGCAGACACAAUGAAGAUCUACAGAACCUGAACAACACAGUCUUGUUACUGGUCCACUUGGCCGACACACUGAGGCAGCAGAACAUCUUGUUAAAUGUUCGAUUAGAAAUGGAUGUCAGGAACUUGUCCAUGGUGAUGGAGGAGAUGAAGCUUGUGGAUAUUCACCAUACCCAGCUCAUAAAGAACUUCACCAUACUAAAAGGUGCACCUGGACCACCAGGGCCCAAAGGGAACCGUGGUGAGACUGGAUCAAAAGGACCCAUGGGACUGACUGGGAGCAAAGGUGACCAAGGCCCCGUAGGAAGCCGUGGAGCUGCUGGAGAGAAGGGCUCUCAUGGGCCCAAAGGAGCACCGGGUGAACCAGGUCCCAGUGGCAAUAGAGGGGCAGUGGGGAUAAAAGGAGCCAAAGGGUCUCUUGGUACACCAGGUCUACGUGGUGAGAAGGGCCAGAAAGGUGACAUAGGCUCCUCCGGUAAAGACGGAGAUCCAGGGCCCGCAGGGCCUCCAGGGAUUCAAGGUCAGACAGGGCUUCCAGGCAUUAUUGGGCCAACAGGGCCAAGGGGAAUACCAGGGAUAGUAGGGCCACCUGGACCACCUGGAAUACCUGGACCUCCAGGCUUGCCUUACCCCCAUGAUCAUUUAGAAUGUCAGCCGGGGACCUUGAGACCUACUGCUGGGUCCAAAAGACAGUAGAGAGGUGGAUGGAGAUAUGGAUUCAGGUAAGAAUCGUAGUCAUAUGAAGUGAAGGAAUUUCAUCCAUUGUGACUAGAGACACGAUAAUCCAUUUCUACAGGAUUGUGCAAAAUAGCGAGAACAAUGGAGAAUACAUUAGAGAGAGAGCUUUUAAAAAAAGGCACUACAUGGUCACAUGAAAUUAACCAAGAGGAAGGUCUGAACACAGAACUACUGCCACAGACUGUAAUGUUGUAGACAAUUUAGAAAUGGGGUUUGAAAAUGGACUGUUUGGACAGGCUUUGAAUUUUUUAUGGUGGUUUGUAGGGAACACAUGGUUCUAUUACUGUAUAACUAUAACAAACUCACCAACCUGGUGGUCCAUAUAAAAGCAAGAAGAAACAAAAAGAUCUUUUAUGAGAAUUAAAAAUGUCUUUGAUUUUGAGAUUAAUACAAAAGACAUCACUGAUUUACAAAUCUUAAUUUGAAUGUACUGGAAACAAAAAAUGUGUUGUUGUUGUUAAACCAACACAACCUCACAGAUUAUGAUGAACAAUAAGUCUGUUAACCACAAAUCUGGACUUAAGUAGUGGUGUUUUCACAUCCACACUAAUCAAAAGGUUUAUAUUCCCAUGCACCACUAUAUGGACACACAAAUGUAUUAUUUACACAAUGAUGCAUCCUUUUCUGAUAGAUAGCACUUUAAUGGGUUUUGAAGCAUUAAAAUUAAAGUUGGUUUGCUUACAUUUAAGCAUUUCAGAGCAGGUACUCUGAAGACUUUUCAUCUGUUGCACAAAACUGUCAUUUUAUGUACUGCAGUUGAGUCAGUAAAACCGCCGAACUGUCAGUUGCAAGUUAGUUUUACAUUGUACACAGCUUUUACGUCUGUUGUUGCUGUUGUUGGACAAAUGCAAAGAGUAAUUCUCUUGUUGACUCCUGUUGGCAUGCUUGGGAAAACAUAAUGGCAGGAAAUUUACUCCUUCACUGUAGCAUAAAGCUGAAGGCAGGAUCUGAUUAACAGCUUAGCAUAAAGACUAGAAGAAGUGGGAAACAUCCAUCCAUCCAUUAUCUAGUGCAUAUCACUUAUCCUGAAGAGGGUCGUAGGACAGCUAACACAACAGGAAGCGGUUGUUUGCUAAAACAUAGCUUCAGCAUAUUAACUCCACUCAAAACCAUAAAUAGCCAUUUUUGUGUUUCUGAAAUACAAUGUGGAUUUUCAGGAUUUAGAGAUACAUGAAGGCUUAUUUUUAAACUUUGGUGAAAGCCAAGCUAGCUGUUUUCCAGUCUUUAUGCUAAGCUAAGCUAACUGUCUCCAACACCAAGAGAAGAGGGGUAUCAAUCCUCUCAUCUAAUACAUAUGCAUAUUUUGCAAAAUACAAAACUAGUGUUUUAAGAUAUAUGAAGGAUAGAAAGGCUGUGAAUUCAGUCAACAUAUAAAUGAAUAAUAAUGUUUGUAGACAUGUCAAGUAAUAAAAAUAGAGCAAAGAUGGAGUUAUAGUUUUUCUGAAACAGGAGUGUUUCACUUGCCACGGUUUCUACUAUUAACAUUUGUGAUACCAGGGUCCUGCUUUUUAAGAAGGUCCAAGUCUUGUGCAGCACAUGUAAUCACACAUCUUCAAAAAAUGUUACAUAAAAAGGAAAUAUACUAUUUUUUUAAACUUUUGUGUUGUUGUUAUGAGACUAGCUUGCAUUGAACUCCAGUAAAAGUAUUUUAAACACUAUUUGUCUUGUCUGUAUCCUGCCAUACCUCCAAAGCAGAGUGUUAUUGU